ACUCGUCCUCCUCCCGUUGCGGGCGUUCCCGCCAUCCCCCAUCGGCUUCGUCAAUCUCCGUCAGCCUCGUUUAGGAGACUUUCGGAAACGUUCCGAGCGCGCCUUCGUCAACCUUCGGAGGUCUUCGGAACGCGUCGGAGAACUUCGGCAACAUUCGGAGAGUCUUGAGAACUUCGCGGAAAUCCCAGGAUUUCCCAUCCCAAAGGAACGAAGCGGCCAAACCGGUGCAAAAACCCCGCCAAUAAUUAGAAAAAUCGGGGGUUUGGAGGUUGUUUUCUCCUAGUUUUAUAAAAUCUGUGGUUUUUUUUCCCCAAGUCACACGCACAUCCCUAACUCCCUUCCCGCUCCUCUCACCUCGCACAAUUUUCCUAUAAACUCAGGAAAUUCGCGAUAUUUCGGGGGUUUGGUGGGUUUUUUUUUAUGCCGAGCGACAUUUGGAUGUGGAGAAACAUCCCGUGACAGUGGAAAUUCCCUGUCCUGAGCUGAACUCCAGGCGGGAAGAGGAUUUUGGGAGAACAUUGAGUCCAAUCAUCAACGGGCACCGUGGAUUUGGGAGGGGUUUUGGGUCGGGAAAGACCAAUCCGUGAGGGGAAAAGACUCCAAAUCUCCUUAUAAAACUUUCUUCCCCUAAAAUUUCACGCUAAAACUCUUUAAGAAGAUUUCCCACAUACGAAGACUUCCGGACGCAUUCGGAGAACUUCGUGAGAAUCCGGAGAGCUUCGGAGACGCUCGGCAUCAACCGGAAAAACCCGACGAGCACUUCGUGCAUCCCCGCCGCCUUUCGGCACCCUCCGAAGCGGCGGCGCUCGGCUGUUUCCGGCGGCGCUCGGCUGUUUCCGGCGGCCGUCGGGGCGCUGCCUCAGGGCGGGCGCCAUUUUGUGUGUCCGCCCGCGGAGCGCGGGGCGCGGGCGGAGGAGCCGCCGGGCCGAGCCCCCCGCGCCGUUCAGUGACUGUGCCCCCCCGUUCUCCACCCCCUGCCCGUUGCCCAUGGCCGUGGAGAGCCCGAGUGUCCCCCCCGCCGCCGCCGCCUCCCCCCCCAGCCCGCACUGCACUCCCCCUUCUCCGUCCUGCCACGGCAGCUGCAGCCUCCCCCGGCCGCCGCCGCCGCUCCAAGGCCACCAUCACGGCCCGGACGAAAGGGAGGAUGGGGAGCUGGAGGAGGGCGAGCUGGAGGACGACGGGGGCGACGAGGCCCCCCCGGCCCCCCGCUCCCGCUCCCGUUCCCGGUCCCGGCGCCGCAGCGCCUCCCCCGAGGAGCGCGGCCACCGGCGCCUCAAGCGCAAGCGCCGCAAGGACAAGGACAAGAGGAGGUCCAAGAAGAAGAGGAAAUCCAAGCACAAGCGGCACGCCUCCUCCAGCGAGGAUUUGUCGGAUCUGAGCGACGACUCCGACUUCAGCCCCGGGGAGAAGGGACACCGCAAGUACCGCGAGUACAGCCCCGGCUACUCCGUGAGUCUUACUGGGAACACUGGGAACACUGGGAACACUGGGAAUGGGAAUGGGCACCGCAAGUACCGCGAGUACAGCCCCGGCUACUCCGUGAGUCUUACUGGGAACACUGGGAACACUGGGAACACUGGGAAUGGGCACCGCAAUGAAACACUGGGAAUUACUGGGAACACUGGGAACACUGGGAACACUGGGAAUGGGCACCGCAAGUACCGCGAGUACAGCCCCGGCUACUCCGUGAGUCUUACUGGGAACACUGGGAACACUGGGAACACUGGGAACACUGGGAACACUGGGAACACUGGGAAUGGGCACCGCAAGUACCGCGAGUACAGCCCCGGCUACUCCGUGAGUCUUACUGGGAACACUGGGAACACUGGGAAUGGGCACCGCAAGUACCGCGAGUACAGCCCCGGCUACUCCGUGAGUCUUACUGGGAGCACUGGGAACACUGGGAACACUGGGAAUGGGCACCGCAAGUACCGCGAGUACAGCCCCGGCUACUCCUCCCACCAGUACUCCCAGUUGCCGCGCAAGGCGCACGCCAAGGGUGACCCCAAGGGCUACGGGGGCUCCUUCGAGGAGUUCGAGGCCGAGGCCUUCGCGCCCUUCGAGGCCGAGGAGGAGGAGGAGGCGCCCAAGGACGACUUCGACGACUUCUCCAAGGAGCUGAGCCAGUACCGGCGCUCCAAGGAGGGAGCGCACCGCGCCAGAGGCCGGGGCCGGGCGCGGCCGUUCCGGGCCCGGGGGCGGGGCCCGGGGCGGGGCCGGGGGCGGGGCCCGGGGCGGGGCCGCGCCCGCAGCGACCCCGAGGAUGAGGAGGAGCCCUUCGAGGAGGAGCUGGAGUACUGCGACCCCGAGGAGCCGCUGGGCGACGACGACUUUGACGAUUACGCCAAGGAGCUGUCGCAGUACCGGCGCAGCAAGGAGCGCGGCCGCGGGCGGGGCCGGGGCCGGGGUGCCCGGGGCCGGGGCAAGGGGCCGGGCCGAGGCCGCGGGCGCGGCCGCAGCGGGAUGGGCAAGGGCGGCAUCAACGACGACGACGACUUCUACGACGAGGACAUGGGGGACGGGGCCGGGUACCGGCGCGAGGACAAGGCUCACCUGCCCGCGGACAAGAAGGGCAAAGUCAUCUGCAAGUACUUCGUGGAGGGCAGGUGCACCUGGGGCGACCACUGCAACUUCAGCCACGACAUCGAGCUGCCCAAGAAGCGCGAGCUCUGCAAGUUCUACAUCACGGGGUACUGCGCGCGGGCCGACAGCUGCCCCUACAUGCACGGGGAUUUCCCGUGCAAGCUGUUCCACACCACCGGGCUCUGCAUCAACGGCGACGACUGCAUGUUCUCGCACGCGCCGCUCUGCGACGAGACGCGCCAGCUGCUCGACAAGAUGCUGGCCGAGGACGCCGAGGCGGGCGCGCAGGACGAGAAGGAGCUGCAGGAGCUGCGCAAGCAGGGCAUCGACCCCCUGCCCAAGCCCCCCCCGGGCGUGGGGCUGCUGCCCACCCCCCCCGGCCCCCCUCCCCCCCCCCGCGGCCUGCCCCUCCCCCCCGGGCGCCCCCCGCUGCCCCUCCCCCCGCCCCUGGAGCCGCUGGAGCCCCCCCCGGACCCCCUGAGGAAAAUCCCCUCGCUCUUCGAGAUCCGCGUGCGGCCCACGGGGCAGCUGGCCGAGCGGCUGGGCGUCAGGCACCCCGGGCCGCCCCCCCCGCGCUUCCCGGGCCCCCCGGGGCCGCUCCCGGGGCUCCCCUCCCCCCCCCGGAGCUGGGGCCCCCCCUGGGGGGCUUCGAGGAGCCGCCCCUCCCCCCCCCGGGGGCUGCCCCCCCCGGGGCCGCCCUUCUUCGAGGGGGGGGGAGGGGCGUUCUACCCCCCCGAGGGGCUGGAGAUGGAGGCCCCCCCCGGGGGCGAGGGGGGAGGGGCCAGACGAUUACGGCUCCUACGAGGCCGGGGAGGGUCCCGGGGGGACGCGCUGUUCCCGGAGGGGUCCCUGGAGGCCGAGGGCCCCCCCGGCGUUCCCGGGAUUCCCGGGAUUCCCGGAAUUCCCGAGUUCCUGCCCUCGGGGGCGCAGCGGCUCCUGCUGCGCAUCCGCCACCAGCAGCGGCCCGAGGAGCGGCGCCGGGCGGCCGAGGGCGGCGACAGGGAGCACGACGAGGGUGACCCGGGCAGCUGGUACUCCAGCGACGAGGACGACGGCGCCAGCAGCGUCACCUCCAUCCUCAAAUCCCUGCGCCAGCAGAGCUCCGUCCGCGCCCCCGGGGACCCCCCCAGCGACCCCCGCCUGCAGCGCCCGCCGCGCCCCGCCGACCCCCGGCUCCGCGACCCGCGCCUGGCGCGGAGCUCCGAGCCGGCCGCGGAGCCGCCCUCGGACCCGCGGCUGGCGCGGCACGGCCCCCGGGCGGACGCCGCGCUCCGGGCGGCCCCGGGAGGGGGCGAGGAUGAGGAUGGCGAGCGGCUGCUGCGGGACAAGGCGCUGCCCAUCCCGCUGGAGGCGGCGGCGGGGCAGGGCCAGCGCGACCCGCGCUGCCGGCUGCAGCAGUUCUCGCACAUCCGCAAGGACGUGCGGCUGCCCCUGCCGCCCUUUCGCGCGCAGGACGUGCUCUGGAGCCCCGAGGAUCUCAUCCCGCUGCCCCUGCCCAGGCAGGAGCCUCCUCCCGCCCCAGCCCUGCUGCGGCCGCCCUCGGACCCGCGGCAGCCGCGGGAGGCUGCUUCAUCAUCAUCAUCAUCAUCGUCAUCGUCAGCAGCAUCAUCAUCCUCGCUGCCCGACUUCGAGCUGCUCUCCAGGAUCCUCAAGAGCGUCACGGCACCUCGGGGGGGGGACAAACCCAGCGACCCCCGCGUCAGGAAGGCUCCUCCCGCCGACCCCCGGCUGCAGAAACCGCUGGAAUGCGGCUUCCCAAAAACCCGCGGAGAGCGGCAAUUCCCAAAAACCCCCGAGAGCGGCAAUUCCCAAACAAGCCCGGAGCGCUGCGGGGAGCAGGACGAUGCCAUCGCCCCCUACGACCCCCGGCUGAGCUGGGGCAGCUCGGCCCAGAGCAGCAGCAGCGUCCUGAGCGCCAUCAGCCUCUACGACCCCCGGACUCCCAGCAAAGAGCCCCAAAACGAGGGGAAUUCAUCCCAAAAACCCCCCGGCGGCGGCGGCGACGGCGCCCGGCCGGGCCGGCCCAAGGAGCCGCCGUUCGUGCGGCGCUCGGCGCUGGAGCAGCCGGAGCCGCCGGAGCCCACGGACAGGUACAACAGCUACAACCGGCCCCGGGGCAAAGCCGCGGCCCCGGGCGAGGCGGGCAGCGCCCAGCCCGCCCUGCACAACCUGCCCGUGCCCCCCGUGCCCCCCGUGUUCGGCCUGGCCAAGGCCGGCGCCCGCCCGGGCACCGGGAGCCCCUUCCGGGGGGGCAGCCCCGGCCGGGAGCCCCCCGAGGAUGGGGGGGACAAGGGGUCGCUCAAGGACGUCUUCAAGGGCUUCGACCCGGCCUCGCCCUUCUGCCAGUGAGGGGGGGCUGGAACGGGGGGGAAUGGGUGGGGGGCGGCGAAAUGGGGGGAGCUGGGGUUGAAACGUGCUCAAAGUCUGGGCUGGGGUGGUUAAAUCUGCUCAAAACCUGGGCUGGUGGGGUUAAAUCUGCUCAAAGUCUGAUCUAGUGUCAUUAAAGCAGCUCAAAACCUGGGCAGGUGGGGUUAAAUCUGCUCAAAAUUGGAUCUGGUGGGGUUAAAUCUGCUCAAAGUCUGGGCUGGGGUGGUUAAAUCUGCUCAAAACCUGGGCAGGUGGGGUUAAAUCUGCUCAAAAAGUCUGGUCUGGUGUGGAUAGAUCUGCUCAAAGUCUGAUCUAGUGUGGUUAAAGCAGCUCAAAAACCUGGGCAGGUGGGGUUAAAUCUGCUCAAAAUCUGGUCUGGUGGGUUAAAUCUG